GCUCCACGUUCGCCGUUUACUAUCGAUGGAAUCGUAAAAUUGGUAAUCGCACUACGAUUUUACGCAACUGCUGCGCACUAUGAAAUGAUUGGUGAUUUGUUCGGAAUAAGCAGAACAACGGUUGAAUUCAUUAUCGAGGAAGUGUCGUUCUUAAUAUCAGAUAAACUGAGAGAACAUAACGUAUUCAUGCCGUCGACAGAAGAAGAAAUACUUGAUGCAAAAGUCGGUUUUAUGCGAUUAGCCGACUUUCCUUUGUGCAUCGCUGCGGUCGAUGGAACACAUGUGCUCAUAAAUUCGUUCGGCGUUGAAGAUGCAGAACUCUAUAGGAAUAGAAAAACAACCUUUUCCCUUAACGUUCAGCUAGCUGUAUCAGCAGAUGAACGAAUUGUUGGUGUUGUGUCUCGAUGGCCUGGCUCGGCCCACGACUCAACCAUUUUCACGAAUUCAAAUUUAUGCGAUCGGUUGAGACAAAGAGAAUUUGGCCACGAUUCUGUAAUCGUUGUCGAUUCGGCCUAUCCGCCGGAAAAAUUUGCAUGUAAACCAUUGAAUGAGCCCGAAACAUUGAAUGAAACAGUGUAUAACAAUAGACAAAUCAAAGCAAGAAAUGUUGCUGAGAGAUUAAAUGGACAACUAAAAAAAGAAUACCCAAUAUUAAAAUAUGGUAUGGAGGAAUGA